AUGCUCUCCGCGUGCGACUGGGCUGCAGCGCGCAAGGUGUCUCGAGCCGAUCGCGACAGACGAUUGAAGACGUCGUACUUUGACAGAAGCAGCACCUCUACUGGAGUACUCGCGCUCACGUGUCAAACGUACUACGUACGCGUCAUCGCCGACCACCCGGAAGCGACCGAUACGCUCAACGAACACCUCGUCUACGACGCGGUGCAAUGGGCGCGCGACCACGGAGUCCUCUCAACUAAGUCGGACCGAAUCACGGAACGGGGACGCAACCCACGAGAUGGCUAUAACUUCCCGGUGCCGGAGGCUAACCGCGAGAGCCACGUCUUCUACGUUGCGCGCGCCGCCGCAGUCAACCGACACCCGGAGAUCGUGGAGCUGCUGCUGCCGGACCUAAGGCUGGUGGAGGACUAUUCUGACCUGCUGCUGAGGUCGACGCGCAGCAAUACGCCGCUGCUGACGGAGCUGAUUCUCGAGAGCGUCACUGCCGUGUACGACAAAAUGCGCUCGCGUGGUUCUUACGUACUUGCUCGGCUCGAGCAGUUCUUCGACGACACGAUCGUCCUGGCGAGCAGAGAUGGAGAGCUUCCUGUCGUUGAAGCGCUGCGCGAGUAUGCCAGUUACAUCGCCCUCACGGAAAGCUUUUUCGAAGCUGUUCGCUGGUACUCACUGGUCCGCGACCACCGGGAACUCGUGCGUCUGCUCGCAAGCAAUAUCAGCGCAGAGGCGUUGGUUCAAGCGAUCACCCGAUGCGUCUCGCCCAGUCGUGCUGGAAUGGACGCUGUGCGCGUGCUCUCGAAUCAGCUGAUGCUGGCCAUCAACGAGUUCGCGGCUCCGUCAUCGACGAAGACCCCCGCGGGUUUGUUAUCAAUCCCGUGCUUGAUGAAGAAAUCAUCGAAGCGGGCAGAACUGCGCGCUAAAGAAGGAUGCCAGCGCUAG